AUGAGCCAGCCUAUACAGUAUUUAGAUGUUAGUGAAAAUAUCCCAUGUCUGCGUUGUAAGACAGAAACUGCAAUAUUGAUCUCUAGAAAAGAGAAAUUUUGUAAAGAUUGCUUCGUAAGAUUCAUUAGAGGGAAACAAAGAAAGCAAAUGCAAGAUGAAAAAUAUAAGGUAAAAUAUGGUAAAAAUGAAGAAAACUCGCCAGUACAGAAGGUAUUGUUGACUUUGUCGUGUGGAGUUUCGUCGCUUGUAUUAGUGGAUGUAAUGACGUCGCUUUUAAAGGAACAGUUUGACAUGCAUAAAGGUAAGCAAGGAUUCGAGUUAGUAUUGUUAAACAUAAACGAAUAUGAACUCAAGGCGUUGGACAGAUCCGUUAAGGAUGUGCUUGAACAAUUGGUUCAACGUUUCAAGCCAAUUAAUAUCACAUAUAAGAUCCUCAGUUUGGAAUCGUAUGUACUUGACCAAUCUCUUUUGGAAAAAAUUGUUUUGAAUGGAGACUUUACAGCAUAUUCACAAUCUAUUCAUCAUGACAGGGACUAUACUUUAUCGGAAGUGUUAGAUUUGUGUCCGAAUAAAUCGUCGUUGGAAGACUUAUUGACCAUCAUAUAUGAUGAGUUGAUCUUACGAACAGCAUGCUUGGAAUCGUGCGAAACUAUUUUAUACGGACAUAGUAUGACUAGAAUCGCUAAUGAAAUUAUAGCACUUACUGUGAAGGGGAGAGGGUCGUCAAUAUAUCAAACGGUGUCAGAUCAUUCGGUAAAUUUCCGUAAUAAGGAUUAUAAGAUAAUAUUUCCAUUAAGAGAUGUUCUAUUUGCAGAGAUUUUGGCCUAUAGCAAAUUAUCGGAAUUAGAUACUUUCGCUGUUGAGUCCACUAAGCCAGUAUCCAAAAUUACUAAAAAUAUGACUAUUAGAGACCUUACAACAAACUAUUUCAAUCAGUUGGAUGCAACAGGGUACGCAUCUACCGCAUCCACGGUUGUUAAAACUGGUGACAAAUUAGGAGCUCCCAAAUUCGAAGAAGACUCGAGUAUAUGUCAAGUUUGUGGAACAGAAAUUCAUCAAGACCCUAAGGAAUGGUUAAGGCGUAUCACUGUUAAUAAAGCGGCUCCAUUAGAGACUGAAGAAGAAAAGGAAUACGCAGAGCAAUAUAAGAAAGCAUCCAGUCUCAUUGAAGAGCCCAGCAGUACUCAAAGUAAAACACCCAUUAAUAUAUGCUAUGGUUGUACUGUGACUAUUAGCGGUAUUAAGAAUGAGAGCGGAUUCAUAUGGCCCAUAAAGUAUCCGGCAAAUGACGAAGAAAGAGAGAUACUCAAUGAAUACAUAUUAACUGAUGAUGAAGACGAUCAAUAG